UUGUACUCUGGUGAAAAGUUUGGUGCGCACAAAUAUCCUCACUUGUUGCUCCCUAUCGAACUCGGCAUCUGUCUUGUUGGCAAAUUUUAUAUGCCUAGUCAACACCAGAUGGUAAUGUUUAAGCAUUACCUUUGUGCUGCGCUGCUCUUAAUGCAGUUUGGGCUGCAUCUAAUAGCAGCCUCUGAGACCAGCUGUCCGACUUUUGCUGGGCUGCCAGGCAUGCCGGGACACAACGGCAACCCUGGCAGGGAUGGAAGAGAUGGGGGUCCUGGACCAAAAGGAGAGAAAGGAGAUCCAGGUACUGGUGCACAGGGACCUCCAGGGAAAAUGGGACCAGUAGGUGCCAUCGGCCUCAAAGGAGUGAAAGGGAAUCCAGGCCCACCAGGUGCUGCUGUUGCUGUUGACAUCAGUUUAAUUAAAAAUCUUCAAUCCGACAUUAGAAGUCUAACCAGCAGACUCACUCUCAUAGAAAAAAACAUUGACGCUGGCAACAGAUUAAUUACAAAUCUUAAAUCAGAGGUCCAACAUAUAACAGACAGACUCAGUGGAAUAGAGAAAGCUUCAAGAUUUUGGAUAUUUAAGAGUGUUGGAGACAAAUACUAUGUGGCUGAUGGGCUGGUGGCAAAUUUUGAUGAUGGAUCAAGAUUCUGCACUAAUGCUAAGGGGAAAAUUGUCCUCCCAACAAAUGAAGAUGAAAAUAAAGUGUUAUCUUCAGUACAUGCUGCUCUUGGUUCUACCUAUAUAUGGAUUGGAACAACAGACAAAGUGAAAGAGGGGACUUUUGUGGAUUUGAACAACCGACCUCUAACUUUCACCAAAUGGAAGAAAAAUGAACCGAACGAUUAUAAAGGGGCAGAGGACUGUGCUGUACAUCACACUAAUGGUGAAUGGAAUGACGUUCCUUGUGACGCUAAGUGGAAAGUUGUGUGUGAACUACAAAACAAAUAAUGAUUGAGUUUUAAACAUGAAUCACAUAUAAUGAUGCUUUAGUUCUAAUGGCUAACAGUCUCUAAUCCUCUUACUUCUGCAUGUCAUAAAAAAACUCAUGAAUUUACUUAUGAUUAUUGUUAGAAUACAAAGAAGCCAUUAAUUAAUAAUUACACAAACACUGGCUCUUGUUUGUUGUACUUGUUUGUUCUUUAGGCAUACAAAUAUAUCUGCCAUUAGAGUAAUUUCCUCUAUUUUUAAAUAUUCUUUUUAAUGUGAACACAAAUUAAAGUGAAUACUCAAGUGA